AUGGCGGAGUCUAAGUUGCCCAAGACCUACGCCAUCACCGGUAUUCCGGUUGAUAACGUCAAGGUCAAGACCAAGAAGAUCCCCUAUGCCCCCGGCACUCCCAUCCGUCGUGAGAUCAACAGCCUUUGGCCGUCUGAAGACCCCCUCACCAAGAAGCAAUGGACGCUCUUCAUCUUGGGCUUGGAGAAAUUCAAGAACAUGUCUGUUGAUGAGCGACUGUCGUACUUUCAGGUCGCUGGUAUCCAUGGCUAUCCCGAGACUUCUUGGGAUGGAGCACCCGAUCCGCCAAAGGACCCUGUCUGGGAUCCUCCUGAGUCGCAGCCUGAUGGUGCAAACCCGUACGGUGGAUAUUGCCAUCACAACACCAUCGCGUUCCCUACCUGGCAUAGGCCCUACAUGCUGCUCUAUGAGCAACUCAUAUGGGAAAACAUGCAGAAGGUCAUCGAAGAUGACUGGAAGCUCACUGGAGACCAAAAGGACGAGUGGAUGGCCGCGGCAAAGUCUUGGAGACUCCCAUACUGGGAUUGGGCCCAAAGACAGACCUACGAAGGUUAUGAGAACUCCUUUAGUCUGCCCUAUGUUUGCAUCCUGGAUCGUGUCCAGAUCUACCCUCCCACUGGAGAUACGACUCACCCGAAUCCCUUGACGGGAUUCGUAAACCCUGAGAAGGAUGCCAACAACCAGCCUCUUCCUUUUGGACAGAUGCCUCCUGGCAAGGAGCGCUGGAAGAUCAACGACAAUGCCACUGACAAAGAGCACCCCCCUUUGCCUUGGGGCCAAUGUAGUGGCACCAGUCGCUAUGGCGUUAGUAAUAAGGAAGGUGGAGGCUACGAAGGUCUCCAGGGCGUCAACAACUUCAAGACAGCAAACCUCACCCUCAACGCCAUGUCGGAUACGACCAACUGGUACAAUCCCUACAGGCAGGGAGACCCUGACAAGGACCCCAAGUUCAAGUCCAAGCCCCCAGGCACCCUGGCUGACUCCAUCAACCGCCUGUUCUCAUCCGAGUACAACGACACUUGGGGCAGCUUCUCGAGCACCAAGUGGUGGGCGGAGAGUGCUCGGACCCUCACCACUGGGUACCUGUCGCUGGAGUACAUUCACAACAAUGUCCAUAAUGUGACUGGCGGUGGCGAUCUUGUGGAGUCUGGCCUUGGACACAUGUCGGACGUGCCAGUUGCCGCCUUUGACCCCAUCUUCUGGCUGCACCAUUGUAACAUCGACCGCCUUCUGUCCAUGUGGCAAGCCCUCAACUGGGACAAGUGGUGGGACACGAAGGAGCCACCACCCCCCAAGGAAAACGACCCGACUGGGAAUCCGAGAACAAAUCUCCCGGACCCUGAGCCCUGCGAUCCUCUUCUUCCCUUCCACAAUGUCGAGUCCGACAAGCCCGAUGGAGAGCCCGAUAAAGGGUUCUGGACGUCCAAGGGAGUUCGUGACUGGACAAAGCUUGGUUAUACAUACGACAUCCUGACCCCAGCCCCAAUUGCCAUUCUCUCAGACGAGACCCUCAACGAGGAGGUCUACAGAGCUGAGUUGCUGGCCAAGAUCAACAGCACCUAUACCAGCACGGGCGAGUACUACAGAAAGCUUCUUGAGGACGAGAGGAUCGAGAACGAAGCAUUCUUUGGACCAAACAACACCAAGUAUCACUCCUGGAACGACUACAUCAUCAACGUCAUCUAUGAUCGCUACGCGCUCAAUGGCUCUUCUUACACCAUCGAGUUCUGGCUCGGCGGUCGCGACAAGGAUAGGGAAAGCACAUUCCGUGACCCAGAGAACCUGGUCGGUCGGGUCUACUGCCUGGCUGGCAUGACUCCCUCGACCUCCAUCAAGCCUGGAGGUUGUGCCAACUGCGGUUCGCAGAGGGAUAACAAAGUCCUGUCGAGGGGUCAGGUGGCUCUCACCAUUCCCAUCAUCUCCCAGGCUCUCAACGAGGACUACAAGCACCUCGACACCGUGCGAGGCCGCGAUGUCAUCCCGUACCUGGAGAACCACUUGCAUUGGCGAUUCAUGCCUAUCGGUGGUGGGCCUGAGAGGCCGGCCAGUGACUUCCCCGACACUGUCAUCUCCGUCCUCAGGGGAACUGGCAAGUAUGAGGGCCUGUCAAAGACCAAGAAGGUGCUGCCACCCAAGUAUGCCAAUUACAAGCUCCAGUACGCUCCCACGGAGAACAAGCCUGGUGGGCUGACCAGCGACGAUGAUGUACUGGGUAAGGAGCACGAGAGUGAGCUUGCUUUUAGAACUUUUUAG